AUGGAAGAGCCUGAGAAAAUUCCUAAACCGGCUCCCCGGAGAAUCUUCCACGAGAGACAGAGGGUCACCGGUCUGCCUUUGUACUUUGAAAGUUAUCUGUCAAUCCGGCAUUCAAGAUGCCAGGAAUUUAAAGUGUAUUGGACAGAACUCAGAGGAACUAUGCUCUUCUUUUAUGAUGAUAAGAAAGCCCCAACAUACUCACAGAAAUUAGAUAUAUCGACUUUGAUCUCAGUAACUAAUAUUUAUCUGGAUGAAAAUGGCUUUGCACAGUUCAUCCUGAAGCUGCCGACUGUGGAACUAGAACUGAAGGUAGAGGACUGUGAACUUGGGAAAGAAUGGAAGGGUUUUAUUCUCACUGUAACAAAGAUGUCAGUUCCACCAGAGGAGUCAUUAUUACCUGGUCAAUUUAUGAGAAUGCAUGAAGUGCUAGAGAAAGAAAAGAAGAGGAGGAUUAUGCUUAAUGACUCUUCAAGUGCAUCCUUGAAUGAAGAAAGCCCUCCCAGCAGUAACUACAGCAGUACAUUGACCACUAUGCCAGCGUGUUUCUAUGCUGUAUCUCGGCAAAAAGCAGUCGAGAUGUUAGAAAAGAACCCGUCGUGGGGGAAUUUGAUCCUGCGGCCUGGCAGCGACAGUAAGAACUAUGCAAUCACAGUUCGACAAGUGCUACAUGUCCCAUUCAUAAAGCACUACAGAGUAAUGACCAAAGCAGCAAAUUAUGUCAUUGUAUUGGAAAGAGAGGUGACAUUGAUGAGCCUUCAUGACGUCAUCAGUUACUUUGUGACCCAUACCCAAGGGAACUUGAGACCAUUUGUCAUGCCUACAAAUGACAACAUGCUGCAGGGGGCACAGCAUUCUGAAGGUGAGUCCUUCAGAAUCCUGCAGGCACACGUGGGAACCGUCUCACUGAAACGCAGAGACAGAAGCGGCAUGCAGGGAGUUUAGUUUAAGCACUAAAGCUAAACACGAAGUGUUUCCCAGGCUAGUCUUGCAUGAUUUCUAGAACAGCUCUCUUAGUCUUAAACCAAGAGCACAAUGUUGCUUCUCCCAGGGAUAUUUCUGUGAUUUGGAGAGGGCAUCACACAAGUAGUAGUAGUUCUCAAAAACAGGAAAAUACGUAUCCAAAUAAACCCCAAUUCCUACAGAAGACUAAUUCCUAUAGAAGAGUGAAAGAACUAAGGAAAAAAAAGUGGGGGAGAGAGAAGAUACAGUAUUUUCUAUCAUGUUUUACAGGGGCAGUGUACUGAAGUGAGGAAGACAGCAUUUGCAGCUCACAGUGCAAUAAACUCCUCAUGUGACAUCCCCAUACCUUGUCUAUUCACUUGUAACAGGAUCAGCACUGCUGAUAAUAUCUCACAGAGACAGGAGGGAUGCCUCACAGUUGCUGGGGCUUUACGCACGGCCAGAGAAACAGAAAACCUCAAGUCUGGAUAUCUUAAACUAGGGGUUCCCAGUUCUCUGCCAGAUCACUUAUCUCUUACAGUAUCUGAAACAUGGCAAGUGGGGCAACUGGGGUACUUCCUGACUUAUGAAACUGAGGAAGGGUAUAAAUCCAAACAAAUUGAAAGAUCUCCUGCCACAACUGUACAUUCCUACCCCUUUCCUAUGCCAGCAGGAGUGUUCAUCUCUCCCUGCCAGGACCUAGUUCAGGGAACUGAACCAACAUUUAACCCAGCAAAAAUAAGUAAGCGUCCCUGUUGGGUAAGAUCUCCGAAUUGCCUCGCUGUGGGCUAAGGCGGGCCCCCAGUCACUGCAGAGGGAGGGCAGGACUGCACAGCUUGUCACUGGGGAAGGCAGCAAGAAUGUGACAGCCCUGCCCCAGAUCAUACUGUACAGUUGUGGAACCACAUCCAUCCUCAGGCACAGAAUCUGACUUUUCAGGAAUGGGGGAUCAAGCCAUUAAAACAAGUCACUUAAGUGAUCAGCAGUAGGAUCCAACUUCAGUACUUUUCGCUCCUAAGUUCUACCAAGCAGCUGGACUGAAUAAAGUGCUUACAGAAUGGGGUACCUACUACUGGGCUACAUUCCUUUGUAGUUAAUGGAGACUGUUAUUUCCAGAGCCUGGCUCUUUUCUAUACACCUCCCAUAGCACAAGAUGAAUUGUCCCUUCCUCUUCCCUGACAGCAGUGUGGCAGCAGGCACGUGGUUCAGCUGAAGACAGGUAUGCUGUAGGUGCUGAAGUAGCAAGUGGCUCUACUGCAUGCAAAGGAAAUGUUGGACGUAGAUGUACUCUUAGUUGCAGAUCAAGAGUGAUCAUGAUGCAAUUUUGAUUCAGCUGGGAAAUACAAAUGAGUUAGUAAUUGUUUCAAGGAUUGUGGAAGUCACUAGAGGCUUGGGAAAGUUGGUUCAGAAGAAUAUCUAUGUUCUUCUAAAGAAGAAAUAAAGUGUGACUUUAUUAAAGUGUACCCACUGUAUUUAUAAGAGUACAAUACAACAUGAGGUGUACAUUACAGUUGGCAGU